UCUACCGUGAGACGAAUUGAGAUAAUAUGUUCAGUAAUAAUGAAGUUUUUAUAUAAACACACGUCAAGUUGGCAAGACAUUUUCAUAUUGAUACUUAUUCUUUCACAAUUAACCAAAGCAGAUCGUAGGGUACUAGAUGGAAAGGAUCCCACACACAACAGGAAUUAUGUGGUGUACUUCAUAAAAGCAGACGACUCCAUACAAUACGACGCCUGGCUCUGUGGCGGGGCCAUAGUCAGCCCCUGGUACAUCUUAACUUCUGCCGCCUGCAUGGAGGAUGUUAAGCACAUGUACGCCAUCGCGGGCUACAGGAACUAUGUGCAUUAUGAGCUGCUCAACGAGGACCGGUGCGCUAAUUAUACUAAGAGGAAGAUCAUAUUCAAGUGCCUACCCAGAGAUUACCAAUUUGACUAUCCAAGGGUAGAACGGUGGGCGAAUAUCGACCUGGCUCUAGUGAAAGUGGAAAAACCUUACGACUUCUCCGACAACUCAUACUUGAACCAUCAUUGCUCGUACAUACCCAACAAGAUUGAUAUCAACUAUGAUAUAAAGCUGCAAGAAGCUGGCACUGAUGCUAUUGUGUUUGGGUGGGGACAUGUACAAAAAUGGAGAGAAAUGAAUGACACAUUAGAUUACAACCAGGAUUUCCUUCUCUACGGAUCAGUCAAACUCGCCCCCAAACAAGAGUGCAUGGAACACUUUGACAACGGGAUAUUUAGGAGUAUAAUAGAAAAGUACAUGAUCUGCAGCCUGGAUGAGGGUAAUAUCAAUGACGCGGGAGAUAUUAUUAGAGAUUACGACGGACCCGAGAAUUAUGCAGUAGACUGCGGGCCGGGGGCCUUGAGGAUAGGAGACAAGUGUCUCUAUUUAAGACAAUUUACAAGGAAAAGAGGAAUCUGCCAGAACGAUCACGGAGGUCCAAUAAUCACUUGGAGGGGUCCAAAAGAAGUUCUCAUAGGCAUUUCAUCCGUAUUCAGAGUUGAAAACGGAACGCAGAACUGCGUACCUCCAUUCCUAUACACCAGCACGCAUUGUAAUGGAGAAUUCAUCCACUGUCUCAUGAACACGGCUGAGGAUGGAAACAUGGGCGAAGAAGAUACUCGCAGAUGUGACAAACUAGCAAAACGGAGUGGUUUCAACAUCGUCAGACGAACCAUUUCAUGGAUCGGACAUCCGGAUGGACCCGCCUACAAUGAAAUCCAAGCGAAUUCUCACAAUAAAGAAUAUAAAACAGCAAACUCGAUUGUAAAAAUAAGACAUCAAAUUCCAAUCCGAGGUCGAAGUUGA